CUGCACAGUGUGAUCCGCGCACAGCUCUCCUCUCAUCCAGGCUGCGUGUGUGUCACAGCAACUGGUGUCUGAAACCCACUUUCUUUCUUUGUAUAUAACUGUUACGCAAAAAAUGCGAGCGCUGCUUUGGCGUGAACACAAUAAUAAGUGUCAUUGAAUGUUUCCCUUGGCGACGCAGCAGUCUCGCGCUUUGCGUUCACGCGUCCAAAAGAUGCGCGUUUACAAAACUUUUAAAAACACACAUUAAUUCCCUCACGAUAAAAAUCGAAACGCACACCGGCUUUCAAAGACAUAACAGAUCUCAGCUGUGUUUCCAGUCUAAUGUAGUCGGGAUUGUUAUGUAGGUCAGGCCAGGCUUAAGCAGCUUUACUGAACCUGCGUCAGCUUAAGCUAAAAGGAAUUCCAGCAAAGCCCUCCCCGGGUAGGCGUGGGCCUAAUCGAGGCUGGCCUAGUUAAGCCUGAUUUUUUUUCUAACGUCCCUGUAUGCUUAGGAGCCAGUUUGUGCAUGUGUGUGUUGUUUAACCGAGGCAAGCAGAGCAGCAGCCCGCUCGCACAAGUGAGUGUCUUCCAGAAUAAGACAGAUUCAUAACACAGGGGAAAAGAAGGAGAAGAGGAGACCGAGUGUAGAGCACUGAGACCAGCCUAACAGCAAGAUGUCUACCAUAUUCAUGACAAACAACAUGGUUGGCAAAGCUCGCUCCUCCAACUUCACCCUGUCUGAGAAACUGGAUCUUCUGCGUCUGGUCCAGCCACACAUACAUAUUUUGGAGGAGCACACCAACAAGCACGCGGUGAUCGUGGAUAAGAACCGAUGCUGGGACAAUAUAGCGGAGCGCUAUAACAAUUUGGGGGGCGAAAGACCCCCAAGAACGGCUCAAGGCCUUCGCACUCUCUAUAAACGACUUAAAGAAAGUGCCAAACAGGAAGUUCUUCAGCGAAGCCACGCCCAGCCUGAGUACAGGGGCAGCAUCUCAGAGCCAACCAAACGCAUCCUAGAAAUGAUUCCGCAACUGUUUCAUGUGGGGGAUAAAGAGCAGAGUGCACUCCACAGGCUUCAGUUCAAGAGGAGUUCUCCCGUAAUAGAUCAGCCAGGCAGCAGUCUCUCCAUCCCAGUGUUAUCAGGAUAUCCACUUGUGGCUGCUGUGAGGGUGGAGUCAGAAGAUGUGAAGCCGCCUCCCGAAAUCCAGCUGAUUUCGUCACACGGUUCACCCGGUACUGACGCCACCCCGAGCAGUCAGACCCACCACGGACAGAACGAGAGAGAAAGCGAGGUGUUUGAAGAAGAUGAUGACGAGGAGGAGGAAAUAGUCUCCCACGUGUACGCGGGCUCCAUCUCUCCAUGCCCCUCCUCUGUACACUUACCGCCCUCACCGUUAGCACCCGCCCAGAGGAGGAGCCUGUAUCAACAGGACAGGGUAGCCUUCAAAAACCCUGUUUAUGAAGCUGAAAUGUUGCAGAUGAUGCGAGAGGAGCACAAGCUGCUUCUGGCCAAUCACAGAAAACUAGGCCUGUAUCUGGAGGAGAAGAGGGAGGGCAUUAAAAGAAAGCAACAGUUGGAGGAGGAGCUUCUCAGGUCAAAGGUUAAAGUAGAGAAAUUGAGGGCCGCCAGACUUCGUCACGGGCUGCCGCUGUUGUGACAUACAGUAAUGUGUCUAAAAAUGUCGCAUAAAGGGAACUUCAACAUAUUUUGUCGUUUUAUCUGGUCAUGUGCUGUACGGUUGGACUUGUGAAUGUACAAUCGUCAGACUUGUUUGUACAGUUCUUUCUUGUUUGUACAGGUUUAUUUUUUAAUCACAUUUUUACAACAAUCGCUCUUAUGUCUGAAGCGGGAAUAAAUGUUAUUGUGUGUGAAUGUGUCUGGACAAGAAUGUUUUGUAUGUCAACCCUAAUAAAAUUGUCAGUGCUUUAAUCUCAGUGUAUUGAGCAUAUAUGUGUUAUUAUUUUUUU